AUGUGGCCUCUACAGGAGGCCCCGCCCCUUGAGCGCGACGCGCGGGCCGGGAGGGGCGGGGCGAGGGAACUGGCGAGAAAGGGCGGGGAGCGAGCUGGGUGGGUGUGCUCAUGCCCGCGCACUGGCGCCUGGAGUGUGGGCGGGGGCACGCCCGUGCGCGCGCAGGGGAGAGGCCAGCCCAGGCGGCCGUUGUCGGGUUCGGCUGCAGGGGCGGGAGAGUCACCUGCGAGUGGCUGCUUUGGCAGCCGGCCCGCCCGCACGCCGCGUCUGGAUCGCGCCGGCUGCGCGGGGCCGCGGACCGCACACACCCUGGGAGGCCCGGGGCGGGGGAACAGGCAGAGUCUGUGCCCCGCGUCCGCGACUAAGAGGAAUCGGACUUCGCCGUCACCGCCCGCGCCCGUCUGGGUAGGUGAAGCCCGGGUUGGUCGCCCGCUGGCUCCUGGUGGGCCGAGAAGGGAGAAGCGAAACUUUCCGGGAGCUUCCUCCUGCGGUCCCGGGGCCGUCGCUGCGCCGGGAGGUGUCGGCGUCGCGGGCGGCGGCGGACGACGCCAUGUUGGGGUCUGUGGGAAACGGGGCGCUCUCGGGCUGCUCCCCUCGCGCUGGGCCGGCCGGGGGACGAGUCACCGCCGCCGUCCCGCCGAGCCCGGAGAGAGCCGCGCCCGCCCCGGUACAGCGCCGCCGGGGGAGUGCGGGGAUCGCCGCGAGGGUCCGGCCCGCGCCUCUGCGGGAGGGAGCCUGAGAUGUUUGCCACAGUUUAGUCCUUUGACCGCUAUUCUCUUCCGUACAUCAACCAGGAUUUCUAGAUGGAUGACUACCAAAUUCUAUCUGUCCAAGUGCUCCCUGCUCAUCCUGGCAUUACUGUUGACAGGUGUGUGUCUUGUGAAUAUCCUGGAGGACUUCAAGAUAAGUAUGUCCCAAAUUGAUUUCGUCUCCCUCUUGAAACAAAGCUAGUAUCUGCCUAGUGGUUUAUACCUAAGCCUUUGAAGUCAUUUUAU